AUGAUGGCGGUGCGUGAACGCGCAGUCAAAGUAAUGGCUACUCUGGAGCGGCGGGUGCCUAGCCUCGACGAUUUUGUGGGUCAGAGCUGGAGUGUCUGGGCUGAGAGGGCCGGUGUGACAGCAUCGGCUGGGCUCGAUGUGGAAGACUGCAACAAGAAUGGCAAGAAAGCGGCAGAGGCCAUGUCCCUGAGCAAGGAGGACAUGUCCAUCUUUGGCCACUACCCAGGCCAUGACGACUUCUACCUAGUGGUGUGUAGUCACUGUGGCCAGGUGGUCAAGCCGCAGGCCUUUGAGAAGCACUGCGAGCGGAGACAUGGCCCCCUGGCCAAGCUUUAUGCACGACUGCGCUCUCCCACCUCAACACCUCAGCCUCAGCAGAGACCUCGCCAUGGGCACUCUCCAUCCCAUGGGACCUCUUCCUCGGUUUCCUCCUGGGAGGGUUGGAACCAAGGGGUCGGGCCACCUCGUGCAACUCCACCGUCCCCUUCCACUCCACCAAAUUACAGACACUCCAAGAGCUCAAAGGACAAUGUAAGACAUUCUCCUCUAGAGAAGGGCUCACACAGUGGCCAUUCGGAAUCGCCUGUCUUCAAGCAACCGCCACCCUUGGAGCCCCCAAUGAGUUCUCCUCCUCCAUCUCUUCGGGACCCCCCUUGGUCACAUGGUGGUGCCCCACCCGACAGGCCUCUAACCCAGAGGAAGGAACUGGCUUUGGCUUCUGGAGUUUCUAGUCACCGGGUCCCCAGACCCUACAACAAAGUAGCCUCCAGGAGAGAGUGUGACCUAGACAAGCACUGCGGUGUCCUGGACCCUGACAGAAAGAAAGUCUGCACACGCCUCCUGACUUGCAAUAUCCACUCCAUUCACCAGAGGAGGAAAGUUGUGGGGCGCAGUAAGAACUUUGACCAGCUAGUGGCAGAGCUGAAGACCAAGGUCCGAGAGAAAGGGUCCCAAGGCCUUGAUGGGGGCUGCUCCACUGGUCGUUCACCCAGCCCAGAGAACCCUAGGGAGCCAGCUGGUGCCCCACACUGCAGGAGACCACUUACUAACCUACCUGCCUUUAGAGCAUCCUCCGAGAGUGCCCCAGAGGAGGAGAAGCUGUGGCAGGAUGAAGGGAGCCACCGUGCCCCCUCACCCCUCAUCCAUGGACGUAUCUCCAGUGAUGAAAGUGAAGGAGAAGGACCUGAGGAGCUCUCCGAGUACCCAUCAUCUGCCUCACAUCCCCGACCACUAGCUGUGUGCUCGUUUGGCAGCCAUGCAGUGGGCCAUGGCGUCUACACGUUUGACAGGAGGCUCCACCAUCUGAGGUCGGCUCUCAGCAGCAUGCUAGAGCAGCACAUCAGCGCCCAUCUCUGGAAGAAAAUACCUCAAGCCACCGACCAUCAAUCUCAGAGUUCCUCAGCCAAGACCAUCAUUCCCUCUUCUCCUUCCUCCAUAUCCUCUUCCUCUUUGCACUCCAAGGUUCGCACAGGAAGUCACAUCAGCUCUACCGUGAAAAUUUCCUCGUCCUCCUCCUCCUCCUCCAGCCGUGGACCAGGCAGACCCCCUGUGGCUAGUCAACCAGAGAAUUUAGGGAGCAGCAGCGGGGGCCACAUCGUAGCACCAGUGAAGCCAGCGGCAGUCCGCCAGGUAGGCUCUGGGCGACUUAAGAACCCAGUGGGACGGCCCAGCAAACAGAUGCUGAAGUUGCGGGAGGAGGCUGCAGCAGCUGCGGCUGCCGCUCUCCGGAAACGCAAGGCACCAUCUCAGGAGGGGGAGCACUCCGGCCCCGACAGGAACUGCAUCAUCCUCCAGGACCGGGGCCGUCCACCCUCUGCUUCCUCCUCCUCAUCUAAGACUGCCCCAUCCCUGCCCCUUCCACAUGGACAGACCAAUGGCACACUUUCCCCUGGCAGCAAGCCCCGACCCCAGCCCUCUCCCUCUGAAUCCCACUCGCCAGCAGCCACCGCAGCGUGGUCUUACAGACGGACAUACCCUCCUCCAGCCCAUUCCUCUCCCCCCGACACAGCCACCACCAAUUCCCACAGCAGAGGGGUUGCAGGGGGGGACUCAUUGCACGGGCGAGGAAGUGGGAGGGGCUUUGAGCACCGCGGGCUGGUGAAGAAACGCAAAGGGGGCAACAAUGGGGAGCACUCACCUCCCCCCAAACCUUCACCGCACCGCCUGUCCUCUUCCUCCCCUUCCUCUUCUUCCUCUCCUCGCUCAAACUUCUACCCCUGGAAGGACAGUAAAGGUGGAGCGCUGGCCGGGGGGCUGGAGAAGAAACUGGGCACACAGAAGCCAAAAUUGCACCAUUAAGUGUGCCUGCCUUACAAGCCACAACGAGGGAGCCAGCUCUGCUCAGUCAAAGACUGGCAGCAGGACUCAACAAAAUAAUUUUGUAUGUGUGUGCAUUUGGAUACUCAAACCAAUGUUUGUAUGUGCGUGUCUGCUUUUGUCUUAUUGAAACCUAUGAGUGUAGGCUCAAGUGUGCGUGUGUCAAGUUGUGUUUGUAUGUGCACAACUAGUAAAAUGACUUCAGCGGUCUUCAGUGUCUGAAUCAGACUUGGGUAUGUGUGUAUCUGUGAAUUUGGUGUCUGGGUGAAUGUCUCGGGGAGAUGGGAUCAAAGAAUUUCAGUGUAUUGAUUUAGAAAUACCUCAAGACCAUCUUGGUUAUGCUGCUAAAUGAAAAUAUGUUGGUUUAUAUAAAUGGAUUAAAAUGUCCUUUAC